AUGGUAUUGUCCGUCAUCGGAAAGCAAGCUGUAUUUGGUGACAGUGAGCACAGAGUUCCUAUAUUUACCACUGAACCUGACACUGAAACAGUUCAAUUUCCUGAUACUGUAAAGUCACCUUCAACAAGAGGGCAAACAUGUAGGAUUUACACUUCAGAAAUAGCUGUGUCUGAUUCCACACCAGUUAACACCAAUACACAGACACAGCAUAUGGCCGAGUUAUCACGGACUCAAAAUGUUCCUGAACCACCACAAACUGGAGUAGAGAGUCCUGUGAUUCGAAGGCCUACUGAACCCCAUCGCUUUAGACGUAGCAGAUCCUCUACUACUCCUACACUACAGAUACAAAAUGGACCAUCGAAUGCAAUUCGUUCGUGGUUGGAAGAGGUUUCUGGUGAUGAAUUGGAUGCAGAUCUUGAAAAUGGGGAACAAUAUCGUGUUGACACCAUAGAAAGCGAUAGUUCUGUCAUCCGUAGUCCUCACGAAACUGAUACGGAGCAAUCGUCGGAUGAAAACGAUGCUGAUAUUUCUACUCCCGCGACUCAACAACAUAGAGUUGUAUCACUUAUUUUGUUUUUAAUUUUACUAUCGUGGUUUAACUUGAUAUGGGACGCAAAAACAAAUUCUGUAGCUGGACCAUUUCCCCUUCCAUUAUUAGGAAAUGGACUUUGUUUACUUGUAAAACCGACUGAGUUGUUAGGUGUAUUUGAACGAUUACAAGAAAAAUAUGGAAAGGCUGUACGCUUGCAUCUUUUCUCCAGAAGAUACGUGAUAUUAUAUCAUCCAAAGUAUAUUGAGGGCAUAGUGACACACUCUGAAUUAAUUACCAAAGGUCGAUCGUACGAUUUUCUCAGACCUUGGCUUGGCGAUGGACUUCUUACGUCGACAGGUUCAAGAUGGAGAUCGCAUCGCAAAUUUUUGACACCGGCUUUUCAUUUUAAUAUUCUUCAAAAUUUCCUGCCAGUUUUUUGUAGGAUAGAAAAGGUCCUUAUAGAAAAUUUAAGAAUAUACGCAGAUGGGGAGACUGAUAUUAAUCUAUUUCCUAUCAUAGCAUUAGCUGCUUUGGACAAUGUGACGGAAUCUAUAAUGGGAAUGUCCUUCAACGCUCAAAAGGAUAAAGAAUCGAAAUAUGUAAAAGCAAUUGGAGAGCUAAGUUCUAUCGUAGCACUAAGAAUGAGAAAUAUAUUUAUGGCAGAGAAAGCAAUAUUUAAAAUGUCUAAGUACAAAAAAAUUGAAGAUCAAGCUUUGAAUAUCAUACACGGGCACACUAGGAAGGUCAUAGAAAUUCGGCGUGAGGAACUCAAAAAAGCAAACAUAACUACAAUGGCCGCAAAUUCAGAUAUUGGAACUAAAAACAAAUACGCAUUCCUUGAUCUUCUUUUGCUAUCAGAGAUUGACGGUAACCGGAUAAGCGAUGAACUGAUACGAGAAGAAGUGGAUACUUUCUUGUUCGAGGGUCACGAUACUACUACUUCCGCUAUUUCAUUUAUACUAUUCUGUAUCUCAAGGCACAAAGAAGUUCAAGAUAAAGUUUUUGCUGAACAAAAGACUAUUUUCAAGGAUAAUUUAAAUAGGGAUGCCACAUACAGUGAACUGCAUGAAAUGAAAUAUUUAGAACUGGUUAUCAAGGAAUCAUUGCGGCUAUUUCCUUCGGUGCCUUUAAUAGAAAGGAUGAUCACGAAAGACAUUGAAGUCGCAGGUUUAAAUUUCAAGAAAAAAACAUCAGUGAUUGUCGAUAUAUUUCAUAUGCAGCGUCUGUCCGAGUUUUACGAAGAUCCCAUGGAGUUUAGACCAGAACGAUUUGAAUCAAUUAAAGCGCGGAAUCCAUUCAGCUGGCUUGCCUUCAGCGCAGGCCCCAGAAAUUGUAUUGGUCAGAAGUUUGCUAUGAUUGAGAUGAAAGUAACUAUAUCCGGCAUUAUCAAACAUUUCGAGCUGCUGCCUUCCAAUAAAGAACCAGAAUUUACAGCGGAUCUCAUAUUAAGAACUCAAGAUGGAGUCCACAUUAAACUAAAACCUCGACAAAUACUUUAA